GUGAUGAAGCAGGCAGUUUUUCUGGUGAGUUCUUUGGGAUAUGCAUAAGAGGCUACUCUAGUGUGUGGUUCUUAGACAUGAUACUGGCAUGCUCAACACUUCACUGCACAACUUAUGGCAUACUUUCAACAAGUUUCGAUAUGUAAUUCUUUGCUCUGUCUUCAGAUGAACUGAUCUUUACAUGUUCCUGCUUUUCUCUUUACAGAAUUCAAACAGGAAAAUCGGCGAAAAGGCAGAACAAAAACAAAUCAGCAUUUUGCUUAUGAGCAGGAAGAAGAUGUCACAGAAAAGUAGAGCAUGCUACAUGUGCUUACAGUCUCUUUGUUUCAUCGAUAGACUUGAUUUGACUUGUAUUGUUAUGGCCAUAUGGGAUAUUAGAAUGAUAGGAGAAAGGGAUGAAAAAUGUUGCAUUUGGCGAUUAGAGUCGUAUUAUAACAUGAUGGUGUCACCGGAUAAAUCUUCGUUUUCAGGUACAUUGAUAACUCUUCUUGAGUGA